AGCACAGCGGUCGCUGCCCUUCGUCUCGCUCGCCUCGUUUUCCCCUCGUCUCGCCCCGAGACAGACACAGACCGGAGCCUGCUCGCUCUCCCUCCCCGACGAACCAACCAGUUUUCCCCCACGCUCCUCCCCGUCUCCCGAGACCUCCGAAUCCCUCCUAGAACGACACGACUCGCAGCACAAGGCGAUAAAAACAGCGCAGCUCACAGAGCAAGGAGGAGAGGAGAAGAGAGAGCCGCGCCGGCCGCCGGGUCGGCCGCACGCGCAGCGCAUGGCGUCGUCGCGGGUGAUGCCGUCGUCGUCCCCGCCGCGGCAGACCGGCGGCCCCUCGGACCUCGCGCGCUUUAGGAGCGGCAGCGGCAUCGGAUCCAUGAACAUGGACGACAUCAUCCGCAACAUCUACGGCCCGGAUGCCGUGGACGGCGGUGGCCCGACCGAGCCCGCCCCCGCGCCACCGGAGGCCGCCGCCCGGCGGACGUCGGAGGAGGUGUGGAAGGAGAUCUCCGCCACCGGAGGGCUCUCCGCUCCCCCUCCCGCCGCCGCCUCCGGGGCCGGAGGCGGCGGCAGCGGCGCGGCCGUGAUGACGCUGGAGGAUUUCCUGGCGAGGGAUACCGGCGCUAGGGCUGCGGGGAUGGAGGGGAACAUGGUGCUGGGGUUCCCUGACGAUGGAGUGGAGAGCGCCGGGGGAGGCGGCGGGAGGGGUAGGAAGCGGGCGCCGAUGGAUCCCACGGACCGCGCGGCGAUGCAGCGGCAGAAGCGUAUGAUCAAGAACCGUGAGUCCGCGGCGAGGUCCAGGGACAGGAAACAGGCUUAUGUCUCUGAGCUGGAAUCACAGGUUGCGCAGCUAGAGGAGGAACAAGCAGAAUUGUUAAAAGAGCAGGAGGAACGAAACCAAAAGGGACUUAAGGAGCUGAUGGAAAAGAAAGUUCCAGUGAUAAGGAAAAAACUUUUACAAGAUCUUAGAAGAACCAACUCCAUGGAAUUUUAGAAAUGACCCCGGAGCUCAGUUGUUACUAUCUUAGAAGUUACAGAAUUUGUUGUUUCUUUUGGAUUUCUGUUUUCCCUAGUUUUCGUUGGCAGCUAUGUAGGAAUAGAAGAAGACAUUUUAGUUGACAUGAAACUGUUCUAGGGGAGCGAUUGCGCGUGAUCAAGAAGUCACGCCAUUGAUAUGUGGAUCUGUUGUUAGCUUGUCUGUUUGUUUUAUUGUCAAUGUGACCUGUGUGCUGUAUAAACAAGAAUAAGCAGGUUUAUUUAAGGGUGGAAAAAAAUUCCUCAUUACAAAGGCA